ACGACGAUGACCGUUGUUAGUAAACUUCGUUUGUUUUGGUUGUGGCGACGCUUUUAUCUUCAAAAAUUUAAGUUUUCAUAAUUUUCAAAAGCGUUCACUUCUAAAAAAUAGUUUUUCUUCAUACCAAUGACCUGCUCAAGUAUGAAAAUGUGAUGAGUGAUUCCGACGACACGGAUGUUCUGUUGCUUAUUCCACCGGAUUUCUUCAACAUCGGAACCACUUCCGCUAGCACCCCAGCUUCACUCCCUGCCGAAUUCAAUUUCCGUUACCAGCAUGAAUAUCGGCCCUCGUCGGAUCACCUUAGCGCUCUCAACGAAUCCCUAGGAUUGAAUUCUUACAAAAGUUCCAUCCCCACAAUGAGUGGACUUCGCAGCGCUUUUGGCACCACCGGAAAUUACGGAUUCCAAACGGAGGGCGGUGGCUAUCUUUACUACUCAACACCCAUCAAGGGCCAUCUCGGCGGAACCGAUCAAAACCCUCCUCAACCGAACAGUCAAUUUAUGUUGAACGAGAUCGAUCAAUUCCUGCAGGUGGGAAAUAAGCCCAGCAAUCAAUCGCUUCUGCCUUUGGAGGCACCUUCCAAAAGUCCGGAGAAUUCACUCAUCGACCUCAACAGCAUAUCCGUUCACGAUUAUCCCUCGCUAACGGCCAGCGACUUCAACGGAUUCAGUAGCAAAACGGCCGUUCCGCAGAAGCCUCCCCGCAAAGAGAUGCAGGCCUCGACCAGAUCCUCUAUAAGUACAAGACCACCGUUGCUCAGUUUAAACGAAAUUUGGAACAACAAUGCCACCGGACAGGAAAGUUCCAAACUGCAGGAAGAACGCCUCAGGAGGCAACACUGCGAACGGAAUAUCCAAGCACUGCAGGCGAAGCUGCUCGAGUACGAGCAGAAGAUUGCCGUCGCCGUGGAUGUGGACAAGGAAAAGGAAGCCAUCAUUGGGCGGCUGGAAGAGGAUGUCGUUCGGCAAAAUCGUCAAUUACACGACCUUGAGCUGAAACACACCGAGAGUCAGGAGAAACUGCUCCAAGAGAACGUGGAAAUCAAAAAUAAAAACCUCUUCCUGGAAAAGGAACUUUCCGAAACGAUUGCCGUAGUGCGUAAGCUGCAAGAUAAAAACGAAGCGCUUGAAUCCAAAGUUGAAAGUCUCACCUCUGCAAACCGGGACGUCACCGAUGUGCACAAAAACCAACUCCGCGACCUGGAAAUCCGGCUAGCCAAUAGUAAAGAUGCCGAACGAAGCCUGAAGGAUCAACUGGGAAAGCUCCGAAAGCAAAGCGAUCAGCUAAAAGACGAACUGGAAGCGGAACGGAAGAAAUCCGAGGAUGCGAAUAAAUUGCGAGGAGACUUCGCUUCGCUCAAGGUGAAGACUGAUAAUCUAAGCAAAAAGUUUAGCGAUAUCAACGCCCAAAACGAAUCCCUCAAGGAGCAAAUUAAAGAUCUCAAAGCUCAAGUGGAUUCGCACCUGGAGGAGAAGAAGAAGCUCAUAAAAGAGCUCGAUGUGCAACGGCUUUCGCUCAAAAAAUACUACCAAGCUCAGCUAGAAGAUGUUGUGGCCGACAAGCUGAAGGAAUUUCAAAAACAGCUGACCUCCGUUGAGGAACAACUAAAGUCCGAAGCGAAAAGAAAGGAGCGCCUUAUCGCCGAAAGAGCCAUCAAGCAGAUAGAGCUGAUCAAUCAAACCAACGAACAGGAGAUCAAACUUCUCAAUGAGAAGUGCAACGAACAAGAAUCGCUCUACCGUUUGCAACUCACCAACUCCUCGAAAACAAUUCACGAAUUGCAGGAAAAGUUAGAAUCCUACCAGAACCGAAGGGCGGACAUCGCCGAACAGCUCCACUCCAUCAUGGAGACGCAAUGGCAGAAAGCCCUAGAAGUACUAACCUCCCCUGCCACAGCCACCGAUAGUAACGAAGAACCGCAAAUGCUAAACCGUUUCAACAGGCUGUCCGUGGAUCACAUCGACAAGGACCAACUGGACGGCGUACGUGUGCUGAAAGGGAUGGCCGAUAAGGAGUCCUGCUACCAGAGUACGCCAGUUAGCAGUAAGCCGACUGGAAUGGCUGUGCGGAAUUCCACAUUGCCACGCGAUCUCCUGCACAACUACAUCGAGCUUCUGCUGGAGAAGUCUCCCAGUGACCUGAAGGGCUUGGAGGGAGUGCUGGCAAGUGGCAAGAAGGAACCGAGAGAUAAGUCUGUUGCACAUUCGAAUCUAGGGAAGAUGACCAACAAUGCAAUGUCCACUUCGGUGUCUAGCUUGAAUCAACUUAGUCGAACGCUGGGGAAAACGCCUAGACCUUGGAAGUGAUAUUUGUGUGUGUUAGAUUUAAAGUAUUUUUUAUCGUACUUUGUAUACAGUUUUGUUUGUAAAUGCACAAAAUAUAAAACACAUAUUUUUAUAAACU